UUAAAAAACAGUGACGUCACUUCUCUCUCUCUCUUUCUCCUCCUCCUACGCUCUUCAUCUGAGAUAGAGAGAGAGAGCUUCAUCUCCAUCAUUAUCUCCUUCUUCUUCCUCACAACACACAUUGACUCUCAAAAUUCGCACAUUCACAAUCAACCUCUCAUGGAGAAACCAGAUCCUCAACCUCCAAAUGCCGUCGAUCCGAUCCCCUCCUCCUUCCACCGGCGAUCUCGCUCCGACGACAUGUCGAUGUUCAUGUUCAUGGAUCCGCUCUCCUCCUCCGGCCCGCCGCCUUCCUCCGACGACCUUCCCUCCGACGACGAUCUCUUCUCCUCCUUCAUCGACGUCGACAGCCUCUCCUCGAAUCCGCACCCUACUACAAUCGCGUUUCCGAAUCACGCCGCCGCCAACUCCGUUCCGUCCUCCUCGUCGUCUCGUCCUCGCCACCGCCACAGCAACUCCGUCGACGCGGGAUGCGCGAUGUACGCUAACGAGAUCAUGGACGCGAAGAAAGCUAUGCCUCCUGAGAAGCUCUCUGAGCUUUGGAACGUCGAUCCCAAACGGGCCAAAAGGAUCUUGGCGAAUAGGCAAUCUGCAGCUCGUUCGAAGGAGAGGAAAGCAAGAUACAUUCAGGAACUUGAGCGUAAAGUUCAGUCUCUUCAGACCGAAGCCACCACUCUCUCUGCUCAGCUCACUCUCUUCCAGAGAGAUACAAAUGGACUGGCCAACGAAAACACAGAGCUAAAACUCAGGUUACAGGCAAUGGAGCAACAAGCUCACCUUCGUAAUGCUCUAAAUGAAGCACUGAGGAAAGAAUUGGAAAGGAUGAAGAUUGAGACUGGAGAAAUCUCUGGUAAUUCAGAUUCCUUUGACAUGGGAAUGCAGCAGGUUCAGUACUCUCCUUCCACUUACAUGGCGAUUCCACCCUAUCAUCAUGGCUCAAUCAACAACGGCCAAGAUAUGCAGCAGAUGCACGGAUACAAUCCAAUGGAGGCCAUGUCCAAUUCUCAGAGCGUGUCUGAGUUUCUUCAGAACGGGAGAUUGCAAGGGCUGGAGAUAAGUAGCAAUAAUAAUAGCUCAAGCUUGGUCAAAUCUGAAGGACCUUCUCUCUCUGCUAGUGAGAGUAGCUCUGCCUAUUGACAAAGACAUACCAUGAGGUUCAUCAAUACAACUGUUAAUAGGCUUUAAAAUUCAUUUGAUUUGAUUUACUUUCUACUACUAUUUAUUAUUCUAUUUUUUUUUUGAGGUACUGUGUUGGUGUUGUGUUGUUGUGAUUGUGAGUUUCAUUGUUUGCUACUCUCAUUGUUUGUUCUUCAAGGAACAAAUGAGAUUCUAAUAAAUUAUUGUUCCCUUUGGAAAUGAAUGUAUUUUGGUGCA